CUUGCAUACGAACCAGAAGCAUGCCCUCCCGCCGGUCGCGUUCCAGGUCUCCUUCCGGGGAACGUCGCCGGUCGAGGUCGCCUGAAAGUCGUUCGCGUCUACCAGAAGGUGUCAACGAGAUCUCGGAGUCUGACUAUUAUCUGAAGAACGCAGAGUUCAAAGUCUGGCUGAAGGAUGAGAAGGGAAAGUACUUCGACGAACUAUCAAGUGAGAAAGCAAGAAGCUACUUUCGCAAGUUCGUAAAGGCGUGGAAUCGGGGAAAGUUGUCGACAUCCCUCUAUCACGGUGUCGACCAAGCCUCUCAACAAAAUACCGCGUAUAAAUGGUCUUUUGCUUCGAAGGCAGACCGAAAAGAACGUGAAGCUCUCGAGGCUGUCCGCAGAGAGGUGGGAGAAUCGAAUUAUGGCCGCGACGUCCGUCAAAGGCCCAGCGCAGGCCGUCGCCAAGGCCCUACCCUGCCCUCCAGAGAAGACCUGAUUCUUGCACGCGAAGCGGCCGAGGAGAGUCAGACUGCGGAACGGCAGUAUAAGCGGAAACGCGAACGUCAGGAGGCGAAGGAGCGAAUAGAAGAUAUGGUUGGUCCUAAGGAGGUAGGACGAGAGGCGAUGCUGGAGAAGAAAAAAGCAAAGAGGGAGAAUGACAGGGCCUUUAGAGACCGUGGUGAUGAUGGUAUUGUGGAAGCCGAUGAAUCGACUUUGAUGGGUGGUGGCGAUAGCUUUCGAGAACGUCUCGCUCAACGCGAUGCUGCUCGGAGGCGCUUCAAUGAGAAGCGUCAGUCACACCGAGAGGAGAGAGUAUCCGAGACACAAGAGAGACAGAGUGCCAUACGAGAGAAGGAUAAGGCGACCAUGGAUAUGUUCAAGAGGAUGGCCCAGGAGCGAUUUGGCUAGUCCAACCUGCCAGAGAGAUGCUGCGAUAAGUCCCAUGCAUCUAUGUCACCGGCUAGCCGGUGAGUGUAUACUACAUAUUCAGGCAUACAUGCGUUGUGAUCGUAGUGAGCGUAUGACUAUCGUGCGCGGUAGCAUCGCCAAUGUCUAAUCUGCGUCGUGCGACACCC